CAGAUUUGGCGGGGGAAUCUCAACAUCGUUUUUGAUCUUGUUCUCGCUCGUUAACCCUGGCAUCAUCUAUGUACUCAUUCAGCGCUGCAAGGCGUCUAUUUCAACCCAAGGUCAACUGCUUAGCGGCCACUCCUACAUUUGCCCGCGCAAUGCAUAUCCAAUCGAUUCCUAUGUGGGUGGGCAAGAGUGACAACUAUGCCUACCUCGUAGUAGAUGACAAAUCCAAAGACGCCGUCAUCGUUGACCCGGCUCACCCGGCCGAGGUUGCCCCUGUGUUGAAGAAAGCAAUCAAGGACGGGUCGAUCAACCUCACGGCUAUUAUCAACACCCACCACCACUGGGACCAUGCUGGCGGCAACGCUGAGCUUCUCUCAGAGCUCGGCCAGCCCCUGCAGGUAAUCGGAGGGAAGGAUUGUCAAAAGGUCACAAAGACGCCGAAACAUGGCGAGACGUUCAAUGUUGGUAACAUUACCGUAAAGGCGCUGCAUACGCCAUGCCAUACCCAAGACAGCAUCUGCUAUUUCAUGCAGGACGGGGAUGACAAGGUUGUCUUCACCGGGGACACGCUUUUCCACGGAGGAUGUGGCAGGUUCUUUGAGGGUACUGGAGAAGAGAUGCACAAGGCCUUGAAUGUGACCCUAGCAUCUCUCCCCGACGAUACCAGGGUUUAUCCUGGCCAUGAAUAUACCAAGUCCAACGUCAAGUUCUGCCUGUCAGUCCUCCAAAGCGACGCCGUCAAGGCGCUCGAGGCUUUCGCCCAGGACUGCAAGCAGACCCAGGGGAGGUUCACCAUUGGCGACGAGAAGCGGCAUAAUGUGUUCAUGCGGCCGCAGGACCCGGAAAUCCAAAAGGCGACUGGCGAGACAGAUCCCGUUGCCAUUAUGACCAAGUUGCGUGAGAUGAAGAACAACUUCAAGUGAGUGGCUCGUCCUGGGCCUGGUCUAAUGAGGAAUCUCCCGCGAUGAGUUGGAGGUUGAUUCCAGUUCGCUCGGAUUAGGGAGGUGGCUACAGAAAAGUCUUAUCUGUAACGCAUGCACGACAAUUCAGACACUGAUGUCUCCGCAAGCCCAUGCCACCGAGACUCUUGAAGAAGCCUGGCGCUGUGAACUUCCGGACGUGUCUGAAGAAGACACGGGGUUUCUGCUCUUGCUUCACUGUCCACACUUGCGCGCCCUGGGGUCGUAUGAAGGCGACAAGCUCUAGCAUAUUUUGAAGCUGUGGUAUCACUAAGAGUACCGGGGCAAAACAGACGCAAAGGAGGGCGGCUACUUGCCCUUUCAACCUACCCGAAUGGUUAUCGUGCGCUCUCUGUGUAAUGGCCAUGCCCAUGCUGAAGUAGCCGGACUAGCAGUAGAGAGGUAAACAUGAAUUCCUUUGGCCAUAAUCUGAAUACCCGGGCCAGAGUAGAUAAAAUGGUUGG